GACUGGGUCAGUCCACUACCAUGUACAAGCAGUGACCAAUAGAAAAGGAAGAAGAAGAUCCAAGAAGGCUGAGCAAACUUCAGACUCAGACACAGGACUCAACGGUGUAUUCCUGGAAGGCAAGGUGCUAUCAUGGCAGGCACAAUCUGUGUCACCAUGUGGGUGUUAUUCAUAACAAACACUGUGUGGACUAGAAGCGUGAGGCAGGUCUAUGAGGUACAUGACUCAGAAGAUUGGACUAUUCAUGACUUCGAAUGUCCCAUGGAAUGUUUCUGCCCACCUAGUUUUCCUACUGCUUUGUAUUGUGAAAAUCGAGGUCUCAAAGAAAUUCCAGCUAUUCCUUCAAGAAUUUGGUAUCUUUAUCUUCAAAACAACCUGAUAGAAACCAUUCCUGAAAAGCCAUUUGAGAAUGCCACCCAACUAAGAUGGAUAAAUCUAAACAAGAACAAAAUAACCAACUAUGGAAUUGAAAAAGGAGCCCUAAGCCAGCUGAAGAAAUUGCUCUUCUUAUUUCUAGAAGAUAAUGAGUUAGAGGAGGUUCCUUCUCCAUUGCCAAGAAGUUUAGAACAAUUACAAUUAGCUAGAAAUAAGGUGUCCAGAAUUCCUCAAGGGACCUUUAGCAAUCUGGAGAACCUGACCCUUCUUGACCUACAGAACAAUAAAUUAGUGGACAAUGCCUUUCAAAGAGACACUUUUAAAGGACUCAAGAAUCUCAUGCAGCUAAACAUGGCCAAGAAUGCCCUGAAGAAUAUGCCUCCAAGAUUACCAGCCAACACAAUGCAAUUGUUUUUAGACAACAAUUCCAUUGAAGGAAUACCAGAAAAUUACUUUAAUGUGAUUCCUAAAGUGGCCUUUUUGAGACUAAAUCACAACAAAUUAUCAGAUGCAGGUCUCCCAUCAAGAGGUUUUGAUGUAUCAUCAAUUCUAGAUCUUCAACUGUCACACAAUCAACUAACAAAGGUUCCCCGAAUCAGUGCUCAUCUGCAGCACCUUCACCUUGAUCAUAACAAAAUUAAAAGUGUGAAUGUCUCUGUAAUAUGUCCCAGUCCAUCCACAUUGCCAGCAGAAAGAGAUUUCUUCAGUUAUGGACCUCAUCUUCGCUACCUCCGUCUGGAUGGAAAUGAAAUCAAACCUCCAAUCCCAAUGGCUUUAAUGACCUGCUUCAGACUUCUUCAGGCUGUCAUUAUUUAAACACAUUCUCACCAAAUCUAAAAUUAGUUUAAUGAGCUAAUGUUUCUGACACGAAAUGUGGUUACCAUUUAUAGGCUUAGGACACAAGUCAUAUUCCCCAUUGCUCUUGGCACAAAUUUUCAUUGAUGCAGUAUAUUUCUUCUAUUCAAAUAUGCUUUUGCCAGUUACAUGCUGCACAACCUGCAUUAAUUUGCAUUUCUUUUAAUUAAUAAAACAGACACAGAGUUAAGAUAGUUUAUCAACUCAAAGAUAGAUCUUUUUUUGGUUCCUUCCAUAGCUUAUUAACACUAAUGCAAUUAUAUGGUUAUGCAAUAAAAAGGACAUAUUUGCGUAUGUUCAAAAUUACUUAUGCAGAUAGUAUAAUUUAUGACAUAGAUGCAAUAA